UUUCACUAUAAUAUUUUUCUUUUAACCGUUAAAUAUACCUAGGUUACUACCUCGAGGCAUUGGUGGUCAACUGCUAUUAGGUACGGAAGCCGUUAAGAAAAAUCGUUUUCUAUCCCAUUUGAGCCAUUUUAAACUGAAGUCCUUGUAACUAAGUCUGAUGUUGAUGCGCUACUGCCCUGAUGACCUUGGUACGCAAAGCAGUCCGUCUUUUUCAACGUAUAUCGUGCAGCGUGCGUAUGGCUAGCACAUCUUUAAUUAAAGAAGGUUGUGCGGAAGUCAUGCUUCCAGAUGGCGUGUUUUACAAUCCUGUACAAGAAUUUAACAGAGACCUUACAAUAGCUGUAGUAAAUCAGUUUGGAAAGUUGCACAGAAGAGAAGCUAUUCUGAAAAUGAAGGACAAAAUGAGUGAAACUCCUGAUUCUCCUUGUGGCCUAAAGAUAUUGGAGGCAUUAGCAGCAUCCGGAAUUAGAUCUGUUAGAAUGGCUCUCGAAGUUUCAAAUGUAUCGAGUAUUAUUGCCAAUGAUCUUAGUCCAGAGGCUGUUGCUUUGAUACAGAAGAAUGUCGCUCACAAUAAUGUGGAGAAUAUUGUCAGUACAGUCUGCGGUGACGCUGUCGACCUUAUGCAUCAACGUCGGUCAUUUGGCGAAAAGUUUGAUGUGGUUGAUAUCGACCCCUUUGGAACAGCAAGUCCGUUUUUAAACACGGCCGUCCAGUGUUUACGGAGUGGUGGACUUCUCUGUGUCACUUCAACAGAUUUGGCAGUGUUAUGUGGGAGCACUCCUGGAACUUCGAUGGGAAAAUAUGGUGGGAUGGCUAUUAAAACAGGCUCUACACAUGAAGUUGGAUUACGAAUACUUUUAAAUGCUAUGCAGUUGGCUGCAAGUCAGCAUGGUAAAGUUAUUGAACCUUUGUUAUCGUUGUCAGUGGAUUUCUAUAUUCGUGUAUUUGUACGUGUUUGGUCUAGUCCGAUAUCUGUAAAAGCUAUUGCAGCUAAACAUGGUAUUUGUUAUAUUUGUCGUGGAUGCUUAGCCCAUCAUAUACAACCUCUUGGAGAAGCAGUUAAUACUAGUAAAGUAGUUGCCGCAGCUCUUGGCCCACCUAUAGGACCUCAAUGUAUAGAAUGUGGUUCGAAAUUUCAUGUGUUUGGUCCUAUUUGGAUUGGACCUUUACAUAGUCGUACAUUCCUACAAGAGUUUCUCUCGGAUUUAGGCUACCCUCCCAAAAACGUCGACAAUGGUAUAUCAAGUUGUUUGAAUGGUGAAAAUCAUUCUUCAACACAACUGGACAUAAGUACUGGAUCAAGUGAAUCAAAAGUUGAGGUAUCAACUCAUAGUCUAACGAAUAAAAAUUACCGCACAUUUAAACGUAUCAUCGGUAUGGUUACUGUGGCGUAUGAAGAACUUCCAGAUGUUCCUUUAUAUUACAUAAUUGAUCAAUUAGCAUCAGUUUUUGGUUGUACCAUGCCUAAACAACCAGACUUAUAUUCUUGUCUUCUAAAUGCCAACUACCGUGUUUCUUGCUCGCAUGCUGAUAAAAAUUCUCUGAAAACAGAUGCUCCGCAUUCAUUUGUACUCGACUGUUUUCGAUCUCAUUGUGAUAGAACUGGAAUAAACUGUAAAAGAGAAAGACCUGACCUUGAAUCAAAUGAUGAUGAUGAAGGAGAUCCCGAAACAGAAGUAAACGCAACACCAAAGGUCAGUGUUCGAAGCAAAAGACGCUUCAGAAGAAAGAAGCAUGCUGAUGGUAACUUGAAAAUCUCAUCGAACAUGGAAGAGACAAAUAUUGAAUCGGAUAGUAAUGUUUCACAUAGUCAAACAGUACGCAUCAGCUUACGAACCAGACCAAUUAAUCCAUCAGUAUCUUUCACUCGUCAUCCGCUUGCUGAACCUCCAUCAAAAAAUGAUGGGCUAGUUAGAUAUCAGAUAAAUCCUGAAAAAAAUUGGGGUCCAAAGUCGAGACCGAAAAUGAAGAAAACAUCACCUUGAAUAACAACAUGCAUAGUAAUGUCAACAAUGACUUUCACAUAAAUGCCUCACAUAUUAUAUUUUGUGAAUGUAUAUAUUUUCAAUACAAGCAUAUGAAUGAAUCCUUCAACUUGAAUUUGCCCCUUGUAAGUAGAAAGCUUAGAGCUCAGGACACAUUCCAAGACUAAAAAUAUAUAUUGGAAUUUCCGAAUUACGAACCCUAUAUCAAAUGAGGUAACAACCCCUACUAGCUGAGAUCGUAGAACUUCAUGCAUCGAGGUACCCUGUUUAAAAUGCAGAUGAAACUCAAACGUGAUCAUUCACUUGUUCCAUCUUAGAGACUGCCUCUAUUCCGAAGAAGCUAGAGAUGACAUCCAUAUGACUGUAAAUACAGCAGUUAUAUCUGCCACCAACUUUAAUCGGAAGGUUAAGAAAAACCAUUGGGUUUCAAAAACCCUAGCCGCACUAAGUUACCCGAAAACUGAUUCUGACAGACUCGCAGAGAACUCAAACAUAGGCCAGCAUGGUGUUUACGCAAUGGUGGUCAACGGGAGCGAGGGAUAGAAAAUGAACUAUAAAGUGAUAAAACUAACAUUUAUUUCGACUCAGCAACGAACCAAGUAUUAAAAGGUCAGCCGUCAGUGAGAUCGAUUAAGUAUCCACCCUUCACCUGGUUUCAGGACAUAGACAUGCCGACGGUCGACUCUGUUGGCCGGGACGAUUUCUGACAACUUUUGUCAUUAAAACGCGCACCAAAGAAGUACAUAAGUGUUGUGGCGAUCCUUUACUAAAAUGCCAUUGGCCGAGUCAGAGCUCAUGAAGAACUGUCAAUAUGAAGUGGCGUCUGUCAGGGUUGUUCACCAUCUUCCAGCUUUAUCCAACUUUUUCAUUGAUAUUCUCCUCCUAAGGAACUACACUCACCUAAAUUUUCAAAGACUAAUCUACCAAGAGGUAUACUUAUCGACUUCAAAUAUGUAUACGACAUGGUCGUAUUUAAAGUCACUAAGGGCCGAACCUUCUGAUGACCUUAAAAUACAAGCACGGUUUGAAUGUUCCUCCCCUUUUAGAUGCAAAAUAUUGCUUCGGAAAUAGUUUGUGUUGUGAACGAGGAAAUAAGAAGCCCAGACAAACUACGAAAGCUAUUUUUGGGGACGUUAUUUCAUUUCAUUCAAACCUUGUAAAACACAUAUUUAUUUUUGUCCCUAUUUUAUUCUACACAACAUGAGCUUUCGUUCUAUGUAUCAUUCACUGCCAUACCCUUUUUUGUUCCGAAAAUAUUGUAAUUUAAACAUACAAUUUUGUAUCUUAUUUUCUACCCUAAUUCUCAGUUUCGGACAUAAUUGUAUUUUUCCAAAUUAUCGUACGUUGUGGUCAGGAUAUUCACUUAUUUAUUCAUGUACAUUUUUGCACUAAUCCGAAUUCAGAGUUCAGUGUUCCAA